AUGGUAGAUAAUGUGAAUCCAAUUUUUCUUUACUUAGUCAUAGGUACUUGUACUUUAACAGCAAAGCAAUUACCUGCACCAAUCACUAGAGUGACUUGUCCCCCUGGAUGUACAGAAGGAGACCUAUGGGGAACUGUUAUCUACACGAAGGACUCUUCUGUCUGCACAGCUGCUACACAUACAGGAAUUGUCACAGCAGGAAGUGGAGGAGAUGUUAUUGUACAGCAAAAGCCAGGACUAGAAAGCUAUAUACCGUCCACUAGAAAUGGAGUAGCUUCGAAGAGUCAGGGACCACAGUCUGGAUCAUUUGUGUUAAGCCAAGUGUAUGAAUAUCUCUCAUUAAGGCAAAAAGACGAUUUAGAAAAAGGAAAGAGUUUGGAUGCUCCCAUACCAUCAGUCAUAGGUACUUGUACUUUAACAGCAAAGCAAUUACCUGCACCAAUCACUAGAGUGACUUGUCCCCCUGGAUGUACAAAAGGAGACCUAUGGGGAACUGUUAUCUACACGAAGGACUCUUCUGUCUGCACAGCUGCUACACAUACAGGAAUUGUCACAGCAGGAAGUGGAGGAGAUGUUAUUGUACAGCAAAAGACUGGACAGGAAAGCUAUAUACCGUCCACUAGAAAUGGAGUAGCUUCGAAGAGUCAGGGACCACAGUCUGGAUCAUUUGUGUUAAGCCAAGUGUAUGAAUAUCUCUCAUUAAGGCAAAAAGACGAUUUAGAAAAAGGAAAGAGUUUGGAUGCUCCCACACCAUCAGUUAAAGAACAAUGUUCUUACACAGCCAAGCAACUACCUGCCAAAUACACUGUUGUUAUUUGUCCUCCGGGCUGUCUUACACAGAAGGAUAAUGUCUGGGGAUGUGACACUUAUACAGAGGAGUCUUCAGUAUGUGCAGCUGCCAUCCACUGUGGGGAAAUUACCAACAAAGGGGGCAAAGUGGUAGCCCAGAAGACGCUAGGACAGUACAAAUAUGGAUCUUGUACAAGAAAUGGAAUAAAAACAAAACAUUCUGGCCCAUCAUUUGGAUCAUUUGUGUUCAUCUCCUUAGCGAAAUUACAGAGCACUCUUUCUACCCAAACUCAUGAACAGCCACCACAGACAGACGUUCAAAGGGACCUUAAUGAAGGAUCAGGAAUGAAUUGGGAUGCUUCCACAUCAACAGAAAUGAAGUUGGAUACAAAAUCAGGUACUACAUUCAACAGUCAAGUUGAUUAUCGGUACCUUUUAAAGGCGUAA